GGGCGGAAGCGCGCGCAGGGAGGUAUCUCUUCUCCUACCACGUCGGACGCGUCUCGCAGACGGUGGAGAGGGGCGUCUGGACGUCAGGCCCAGAGCUGGUCCGUCCGCCGUCCGGCCGACUCGAGGUAUCGCAGAGCUGCGGAUUUCGCGCGAGAUAUAGACCCAUAAACACGCACGCGUGUACACACGUUCGCGCUCGCGCGCGCGCACGCACACACGUACAUACACAUAAUACACGCACCGUAUACGUAACACGCAUACAUUCACGCGUCCAUCGCACAUCCCCACACACAUACACGCACACACACACACACACACACACACAUGUACAUAAACACGCACACACACACGGCGCACACGUGUAUAUUGUAUACGGGCAAACAGUGCAUGACAGACAGACACCGUCACGCCGUCAUAUUACGUGUAAAUCGCAGUAGACUGAAGUUGUACGCAUACACCGGUGUACUUACCUACGUCGCGACGUGAGGGCAGCCGCGAAUGCCACCGGUCUCUCUCGCCGCCAUACUGUCGCGAGUCGUCAAACGAACCGACAUUGUCGAGCGGUAAUCGAAAUAAGCGUCGCGAGUACCGGGGGUGUGCAGUGGUGAACGAUCGCGAUUUGUGCGCGAGAGAAUUGUGAUAAAAAGGACAGCGACACUCGUUUCGUCCGAGCUGUGACAAAGCACAGACGCGAGACAACAACAUUGAUUUCUAUCAAACUGUGACAACGACGCUCGUUUCGGAACGUCUACGACUUUUCAAGUGGAAACAUAGAUAAGGAGAAAGAGAGAGGGAGAGAGAGAGAGAGAAGAGAGAUACUCGUGGACCACGUGCGAGUCGCAUCGAAAGGAAGCGUCGACGAGUCUCCAAGUGACGGAAAAAGUUGGUAUCUCUCUCCGUUAGUGCGCGGGAAACGACGGCUUCUAUCUCGGACCAUUUCAUAGGUAAAGAGAUCGCGCUGUCGCGGGUGGGGGAUGGGUUAGGAUACCGGAGCGAGUCUCUAUGGAUUACUGGCCGAGUUGACACGCUCACCGGCCGGCGGGCGAGAGUAACGCACCUUUGGCGACGAUCCACGUAUGGAACGCUUGGGGAAGCGCGAGAAGCGCUUCGCGCGGGGAGGGUGCGGCUCCUCUAGAUAGUUAGCGCCGAUGAAGAACGCGGACAGCGGUCGUUGCGUUUUUUCGGCUUCGGACUAAGAAAGAGAGAGAGAGAGAGAGAAGGAGGGAAAGAAAGAAAGAGACAUGCAGGGCGCCGCGAUAUUCUCGACAUUGCAGCGACGUCGUCAACCGCCGUUGUAUCGUCGACGACGUCUGGACUGACCGUGUUUUUGUCCUCUUUACUUUCUGUCACUUUCCCGAGGGAAAAGAGGAGGACGUGGAUCCACGAGGGCCGAUCGCUCGCGAUCGACGCGAUCCCGACCGACGGCGAUUGCUUCUUCUUCUUCUUCGUCCAAGUGCGAGGAGAGCGAACUGAUUCAAUCGCAUCGAAGGGAUGUCACGGAGAAAGCAGGCCCGACCGAGCCGUGCCCAUCUUGAGGAGGAUCUUGUCCAGGGGCCUCUGCUGAUCAAUCCCGUUGGAACUGUCACGAGCGUAAUCCGUGAAGAAAAUGACUUUAUAUCAGACGGUGAGGAGAGCGGCGGUGGAGCAGGAGGCGAGGAAGCCGUCGAUCUUACCGCGGCGAGAUCUCAUCAGGGCGAUGAGGACGACAAGGAUGCCGAUGAUCCUCUGGGCGAGGACGAAGAGGACGGCGGUGACGAACAAGACGAGCAAUACGAGGACGAGGAGGGUUCGCGAAAACAGAUUCGCCAUCGACAGGACGCGGAAAACAACAACAAUUUUGUCGGGAGUGGCUCAACCUCCGCUGGAAUAUUUCCACCUGCUGGAACUAGUCAUGUCACUCUCGAGGCCCUUCAAAAUACAAAAGUUGCGGUCGCGCAAUUCGCUGCCACCGCCCUCGCUGGUGGAGCCGAUAGCGACGCGGCAUUACAGGAUCUGGCCUUCUUACAAAGUACGCUGUAUAAUCUUCAGCAUCAACAGGUCCUCCAGUUACAGUUUAUCAGCCAGCUUCAGCAACAAUUAUCGAUCACUCAAAAGCAACCGGUAGCGCAACCGUCAUCGAUAGAGCCAACUGAUAGCAAGGAGGCCUCGUCGUCUCCCAUCAUCCAUCCGAAACCAUUGUCGAGUCUCACAUCACCACCUUCUUCUCGGCCACCGAGUAGUCACCAUCACUCAUCACCAGCGCCACUGACGCCGAAUCUACUUCAAGAACGACCCACCUCGACGAGCAGUGCCUCUCCAUUGAAUCUACCCCUGUCUUCGUCCGGCACUACAUCGACUACCGCUACGAGUACCAGCAGUCAAAUCUCACUGUCGCAUCAAAUGCCGCCUCUUUGCUCGAUCAGCUCUUCUCUCGCUUCGUCGAUCAUAACGAAUAAUGAUCCACCGCCCCUUCACGAACCAAAUACACUGGAGAUGCUGCAAAAGCGUGCUCAAGAGGUUUUGGACAACGCGAGUCAAGGUCUAUUGGCCAACAAUUUGGCCGAUGAGCUCGCAUUUAGAGGCAGUAAAGGCUCACGGCUUUCGCCUUACGAUUCGAAAACGAGCGGCGGUCGCGGCGAGCCCUUCUUCAAGCAUCGAUGUCGCUUCUGUGGCAAGGUCUUCGGCAGCGAUUCAGCGCUACAGAUCCACAUACGAUCCCAUACAGGUGAGCGACCCUUUAAGUGCAACGUCUGCGGGAGCCGAUUCACCACCAAGGGCAACCUGAAGGUCCACUUUCAGAGGCAUACGGCCAAGUUUCCACACGUAAAGAUGAAUCCGAAUCCCGUUCCAGAACAUCUAGACAAAUACCAUCCGCCCCUCUUGCAGCAAAUUGCUUCCGGGCAACGGCCAAUAUCCCCGCCGCCGCCGCCUCACGCCAUUCAUCAUCCCUCGUGUCAUCCGGCACGUAGGGAGCAUAGUUUCCUACCACCACAGCCGCCUUUACCUCUCAGUCUUACAUCGCCCAGUAUGAUCCUCUGCCGUUUACCAGUUAUUAAUCACCGGGACGAUCAGGAUGUGCCGGAAAACCUUAGUAAACCCGUAACCGCUGCUCCGCCGAUGUCCCCUACUUCCCCCGCCGCUGUAUCGAACUCUCAUCAUUCCUUUCACGACAAUCAUCAACAACAACAAAAACAACAACUCGAGCAGAGAGAGGAGAUAAAGCUCGAACAGAGAUCACCCGGACAGGACCAGUACCAGCAACGACUAAUGAGCCAGGAAGACGCCGGGCGCAUAACUCCGAAGAGAGAACCCGAGGAGACGGAGGAACCUGUAGAAACGGAAGAAGGCGAGGACUUUGAGGAGACAACGAGGCGAUCUCUCAACUCACCUUCAUCCUUAGUGAAUCCGUCGUUUCAGCCGCAAGCGUACGAGGAUUGUAGUAUGGACAGCAAGAUCAGCGGACGGUUAGAGGGCGACGGCGAGAUGGAAAUAGACGAAGAGACAGAGGAGCAACCGGAGAACCUCUCUGGCAAGGGUACGAUCAAUCGUUUGCCUCAACAGAUGAUGGCAUAUCCUGGAGCGUCUCCAGCUAGUAGUAGCGCGAGUAGCGGUAGUCUUCAGACAUCCUUCGCCGGGAUUCUAUUCCCGAGCGCUCCGGCUCAUCAUCAAAUACCUUCUCAUCUUCCGACGGUUUCCACCGCUGGGCAGACGCCGACUGUCUCCGCGAACGAGAUGAUCGAUCCGGCUAAGGAUCCAGCGAUCUAUUCGAGCUUGUUACCGCGACCGGGUAGCAACGAUAAUUCCUGGGAAAGCUUGAUUGAAAUAACGAAAACUUCCGAGACGUCUAAAUUGCAGCAGCUAGUCGAUAAUAUCGAGCACAAACUGAGCGAUCCUAAUCAGUGUAUUGUUUGUCAUAGAGUGCUCUCGUGCAAGAGCGCAUUAUUAAUGCAUUAUCGCACUCACACGGGCGAGCGUCCGUUCAAGUGCAAGAUCUGCGGUCGCGCGUUUACCACAAAGGGCAAUUUAAAAACUCACAUGGGAGUGCAUAGGGCUAAGCCGCCGCUAAGAGUGUUGCACCAGUGUCCAGUGUGUCACAAGAAGUUCACGAACGCUCUCGUGCUUCAGCAGCACAUACGCCUUCACACCGGCGAACCUACCGAUCUUAGUCCAGAGCAGAUUCAAGCCGCAGAAGUAAAUGAGUUUCCGGGUUGUUAUCCUCAACCUCAGCUUUCUUUCUUCCCGCAAGGAUUUGCGCCGAUUCAUCCGACCGGUGCUGGCUUUACUUUAGGAUUCCCUGGAUCUAGGCAACCGACCAUCGAGCAACAAUCGCAUGAAAAUGACGUCGAUUUGAAGGAGGAGUCUCAGCAACAACGGCAAAGAUUUAUGGAAGAGCAUAGCGAGGAGAUGGAAGAUCAGGAUGACGAGGAGCAAGAUCGCAGAGAAGACGACGAUAGAUGCGAGGUGAAUCGCGAUAGACGUAGUGCUGAAAUGAUGGAGAAAGAGCAGGAGCACGAGAACGAGGAAACCGAGCACAGAGACAUGAUACUUCCCAUGUUUUCAACUUCGCUGGCGGCCCUCGAGAACCAAGUAAAGACCAUCACGACGACGAUCGCCACGACCACGAUCGCGAAUGUAGCCAGAUCGCCGCCGUCCUUUCAUCGAUAUAAUGGUAGCGAAAAGAGCGACAGUUCGCCAAUUUCCGGUGCCCCGCUCGAUCUGACACCUCGCGCUUCGUCCACUCCGGCGUCGGUAGCUUCCGCGUCGCCGACACCGCCGCCGCUGCCGCCACCGUCCCAGACUGUACCGUCGCACCAUCCGUCGCAUCCCUUCAGUAUGUUUACUGGAUUGCUGCAAGCAGUCUCGUCCGCACCCGUCACCAGCACGCCAGGCACGUCCAACAUAAAUAGCAUCACGUCGAUGAGCGCAAUCAACCCGGGAAGCGCUCCCGGCAGCGGACCCUUAGCCUCGCUAACCACCUCAGCUGUACUAGCCGCGUCAUCGACUUACAAUCCGCUCGGUCUAGCUGUCGGAGGGCCAGCAGUACGUGGCAACACCACUUGUAAAUUCUGCUACAAGACGUUCGCGUGCCAAUCCGCAUUGGAGAUACAUUAUCGGAGUCAUACGAAGGAACGACCUUUCAAAUGCACUAUAUGCGACCGAGGUUUUUCCACAAAGAACGACGAUUCCGGUCAGCAAGCAUGUUCCUGCGCGGACCAACCCUUCGCCGCGAAGGGUCCGAUCCCCCCACAACCCAAUCCCCAAUACCACUCGUACCCGGCGAGAUCGGCCGCCGGAAAUCGUGAGAAACCGAAACGCAGGCGGCGGCGGCCUGAGGAGCGGAAGAACCGGGGGCGGACAGGAGCAGGAGGGGGGCGAAGGCUGACGUCUGUUUAUCCUGCCGUCCGCCUGCCCCCGCUGAUGCCACCCGCCCUCGGACUUCUACCCUCGGACCACGUCUUCCUGGGUAAUAUGAAGCAGCACAUGUUGACUCAUAAGAUUCGUGAUAUGCCGCCGCACCUAUUCAGCGAUGCAAAGCCACAACAGCAGCAGCAACAGCAGCAGCAGCAGCAGCAGCAGCAGCAGCCGCUAUGUCAGGAUCACGAAACUUCCAAGAGCCCGAUGUGCACCGAUGAUUCGAGCCUACCGCCCCCGCCUCCACCGCCACCACCACCCCCACCGAUGCCACCUACGUCAAUCGAGUCCGCGAUACCAAUAAAGAGAUCUCCGCCGGAAGGAGAUUUGCCGGCGCCAAAGAGACCAGCCAACAUGCCGAGCAAGCACUUGUGCCAGAUUUGCAAUAAGAAUUUCUCCUCGUCUUCGGCGCUCCAGAUCCAUAUGAGAACCCACACUGGCGACAAACCGUUCCGAUGCACCGUCUGCCAGAAGGCGUUCACCACCAAAGGCAAUCUUAAGGUGCAUAUGGGCACUCAUAUGUUCACCAACGGAACAUCACGUCGAGGACGACGAAUGUCAUUGGAUCUACCUCCUCUGCCAAUCACACCCAAGGACUCGGAGUUUCUGCAACGACGGCCGGACCUUUUUUACCCAUAUCUUCCCGCACCAUUCCUUAACGGCGUCCAGCAGAAGCUGAACGAGAUCUCGGUGAUUCAAAGUAACAACGGAUUACCGCCUCAUUCUUUGGGCGCGGGCAAAUACGCGGCGAGUCUGUUCGGCUCGGUGUACGGGGCCGGCGGGGGCGGUUUUCCCUUGGAUAAGCAGCCGAUGGCGCCAACCAGUAACGGACCCCUGAUGGAUGGCAAACCCGCUGUUCCAUCGGGCUCUAUGCUCUUCCAAACGCCGUCGCCCACGCACUCACCCGGCGCGCCAUCAUCCAAUGGCGGUAAUCAAAACUCAAUUAACGUGCCGUCCUGGACUGGUGACGCUCUUCAGCAUCAUUUCGACCGAGAGACACCGAGCAGAACCGAGAACGACGCCACGCCACCCACCGCCGCCCGUCUACCACCGCCACCGACGAGGGGAGAAGGAUUAGCCGCGUGAAACUUAACGAAUACAUAUCUUCCCAUCUAGCCAUACGAAGGAAGACGCGACCAUUUAUUCACGGUGGCCGAAUCUCUGCCGAGUAAUAAGAGGCUGAGCGUAUAAUCACGAUUCGCGAGAGAAUUCUUCCAGACUGAAUCAAUUUAGAGAACAAAGAAGAUUCUUCGCGUGGUGAGCGAAUGCUAAUGACAUGUAAACUGCGAGCAAUCUUGGACCCCCGUCCCUCCGUCCCAAUCGGCGAAAGUUUCCCGUCGACCUGUAUCGGUUCCGCAGCAUCCACGCGAUCCGCGAAAAAUGAAACGGGCUCGUCCGGAGUAGAAGCAGCGGUUUCCGGUCUUGCGACAGUGAUCCCCGGCGAAUCCCGAUCGGAGGGGUCACAAUGCGACGCGACUAUCUUUUCUAUAUGGUGUUUCCGUGCAUUUCAAAACGGAGGACAAUCUUCUAAGGACUGAUAUAAUCGAUUUACUUGGUAUUUCCUCACAUACGCGAGUAACGACAUAUCCCUAUGCCCCUCUCUUCUCCAUCAUCUCACUCCUUCCGGUAGUGAUCCUAGUAUCUACAAACGAGGACACCAUGUUCCUAUUAUCGCGCUAGUCUUAAUGCAUAAAGUAGGGGUCGAUAGAUGAAUUAGAUCGAUCCGUCGAUACGGCUCCCGAGUAAGUUACGAUACCGAGAAUUUUUCAUCUCGAUUCGGAAUCUUUCGAUUCGCGUGACUCAAUCGCGUCAUCACGUUUAUCAUUGUUUAUUCAAGUCGGAAUGUCACAUCGCCCGCCGGCCGUUGAUGCGUGCCGGCGACGGCUUAAAUAUUGAUCCCGCGCGCAUAUGCGAUCGAGCCACGUUAAUAUACGUACGUAUGUAACAUAUGUACGAUUCUGGACGUCGAAUCUCUUCGUACGGGAUUCGGGGGAAUCCCCGCGCUAGACACGGCGCCUAGACUGAGCUCGGCUCGCGAAAAAAGCGAGCAUUAGCGUAUUGGAGCCGCAAGACACGUGGCGUCGCGUCUUAACGGGUCUCCCUGACAUAAUUUGACCGUCCAUUCGCGAUAGCGAUGGUCACCUCUCUCCGGGUCAUCUA